AUUUACCGGACAUAUUGAUAUUUUAAUAGACGUGAAAUCUUGAUGUAUUUAUUAUUAAUGGAGAAAAGGUUUCAAACAUCGUAUGAUAUCAAAAUUUAUUUGAGUUAUUAAACGGUUGAAAGAAGACAUUAAAAAUAUUUGUUCAAAAUAAAGGCCACCACGGUUACAUUCGUCCAAGAUUGAAGAAGUUGUUUCAUUAAUGUACAAGAUGGCAGCUACACGGGCUAUAAAUAAUACCCUAACGACCGAAUUAUCGUAUAAAUACUUGUAUUGAUAUUACAUGAUGUGGUAUUCGCUGAAUACUGUGUUUUGGGGAUUAUUCUUUAUAGCAUUUGUGCCGAUUAUUAGCGCAGAAUGUGGGGGGAAAACAUCUAUUAGUGGAUUGUUAAAUGGGACAAUCACACUCGACAGUCUAACCUAUCUGCCAAAUACACAUUGUGAAUGGCUAAUUAGAGCUCCACAGCCUGACCAGAAAAUCCUGCUUACAUUCAGAGAAUUUGACACUGAAUGUUCCUUUGAUUAUUUGAAAAUCUAUGAUGGAUCAUCAAAACAGAAAUUGUUAGGAGUAUUUAGUGGGAACAACACACCAGGAAAAUUGGUAUCAAACACCUCUUCAAUCGUAGUGGAGUUCUUUAGUGACAACAAUUACGUGAGAGCGGGGUGUAUUAUUGAUUUCUUAAUCACCGACUGUCAGGGCAAUUGUUCUGGUCAUGGAAACUGUGUUAAAAACCAGUGCCAUUGUGAUGAUAUGUUUACUGGUGAAGCAUGUGAUGUAGAAAUAUGUCCUGAUCUUUGUCAUAAUGCCACAGGAAAUGGACAGUGUUCACAGAGUGAAGGUUGUCAAUGUAAUGUUGGUUUUGUUGGACAAUCCUGUUCCUUUUCUCUCAAUGACGGUGUUAACGCUGGUAAAUGGCAUUUGAUAAACGAUAAUUCUCCAGUUUUCAAGAAUCGUUUUGCACAUGCUGGUGUUUAUGUUGACAACAAUGUUUGGAUAUUUGGAGGAUCAAAUCUCAAUGAAAUCUUUGGUGAUCUGGUAAAGUUUAACAUUAAAGAAAAUGUUUGGCAACGUGUUCAACCAAUAAGUGAUCGUCCUGCCUCUCGAUUUCGUCACACAAUGGUCACUUAUAACGAUACCCUUGUCGUUUUUGGUGGAGAACUUGCGAACGGAACUCUACUGAAUGACUUGUGGGUAUUUAACAUCUCAUCGAGAAUUUGGAAACGAAUGGAAACGAAUAACAAUCCUCCUGGUCUUGCCUCCCACUGUGCGAGUGUUUUUGAUGGUAAAAUAAUCAUAUUCGGUGGUCAAACUCAAGAGUAUGGCUUCUCUCAUCUGAUGUACACGUAUGAUUUAGUCCUUCAAAAUGGCUGGAAAACAAUAAUAUAUAACCUGGCCAAAAUAUCAGACCUUCGUCUUGUAGGACACACUUGUGUCUUUUAUCCACCACUGAGGUCAUUGCUCGUUUUUGGUGGAUAUAAAAUUAUAUCAGGAAGGCAAAGCACGAAAGUAAACAAAUUGCUGAUGUAUCACAUGGAUGGAAAAGUAUGGAUCCCCAUCGCUACGGCUGAUAGUCCAAAACCAACUGCAUAUCAUUCAUCAGUUAUCAUGGGACACUACAUGGUUACCUAUGGAGGAGUAAUUCACACUCAUUACAAAGAUGAGACUUGCUAUGGGAAAAAUAUUUAUUUAUUCGAUUUGAAGAACUUCACCUGGCGCAGUGUAACACCUACAGACAUUGUUCAGAAUGCGUCAAACAGUUGUGGACGUUAUUAUCAUGUCGCGACAACUUUUAAAGAAAACAAUGUACUCAUUACUGGAGGAUUUAGCGGGAUUGCCAAUGGUGAUGCUGUGGCUUUUAAAAUACCAUCCAACAUCGUACAAAGUGAUAGUGAAUCUUCUCAUAUGUGUUAUAAAUUUUCACAAUGUGUAUCAUGCUUAACCUGGGGGUCACAGAGGGACAUGUUGUGUGGUUGGUGUGUACAAGAUAGUACCUGUUAUCCACGUGAAUCCCCGUCCGGUCCAUGCUCUUCCACCCAAACCACUCGGGGUUGGUGGGGUGACAAGGGAUCAUUCUUGGCCUCGGUGGACCAGUGUAGGAUUCAUGAUACCCCACCUGGGUUGAUAUCAAAUGUAUGUUUUGGAAGUCGGCUUGAUGACGUUCAGCUUGUCAAUCCUUUGAGAGAAACAGCAUAUACAAUCCCUCGACGAAUUUCGCGUCCGAAAUAUCAACCUAGCGAUCUAAUUAAAGUGAGAUUAUUUGGAUAUAUUUACCCAUUCUUGUCACAGACGUCUGUUGAUGAACCGGUGAAGUUAAUUCUUCGCAUUACGGAGAUAACGGCCAGUCUUCAUUUGAGCACCAAUGAAUUAGAGGAAAAUACGGAAAAAGUAAUAUCCACCAAUUCAAAAAAAGGUGAACUAAGGUUAUCUGAAGAAGCGAAACGUCCAGUUUCCAGUUCCCCGUUAUUCCCAAAUCCGGCUAAGAAUAAAAUGUAUUACAUUCAAGUGAAGGGUGAGAUUGAAAGCACAGUAAGAAAGCCGUAUUUGGAAGUUCUUAAUGCGUCGGGUUUUGAUGUGAUCGAUGGUCGCUAUGUUCGACCAUUUUUUUCUGAUGAUUGUGGGCAGUACAAGACUUGUCUUGAAUGCCUCUCUGAUAUGUCAUGUGGUUGGUGUUCGUCAAAUAAUGUCUGUCUGCAAAGAAAUAGCUCAAUGAAAUGUCAGCAUUCGUCUGGUGAAGAUAUUUACCUAGUCCUCAAUUCUACUUAUUGUGAAACGUGUGCUCAGUAUAUUGAUUGUCAAUCAUGUCUCAAGGACAAGCAGUGUAAUUGGAAUGAUCACUACAAAAUUUGCCAUAAAUUUGAAGAAGGCGAAACGCAAGGCAGGUGUUACACACCAUGUACAAGUCGAAAAGAUUGUAAAACUUGUUCAUUAACUACAAAUUGUGUAUGGUGUGAGAACCAAGAGAUAUGUUUACCUUGGACAGCCAUUCCCGCCUGUUUUAUGGCUGGACGCUGCUCACAUUGGUCUGACAUAUCAACCGCUGCUGGCAAAUGUUCCAAGUGCAGUGAAAAUGAUGUAUGUGAUGAUUGUCGUAAGACAAGAAGUUGUGGUUGGUGUGGAGAAUUUCAUAAUGGCAGUUGUGUCUUGGGAGGAUUUGUUGCCCCACGUAAUGGAACCUGCAAUGAAUUGCUGUCUUUAACAGGAACAGCAAAUAAGAAAAGCAACGAGUGGUCGUAUGGAUUUUGUCCAGAUGAAAAUGAAUGUAUAACCAGACGAGAUUGUGAUCAAAAUGCAGAUUGUAUAAACACUGUUGGUUCAUACAGAUGUGAAUGUCGAGAUGGUUACGAAGGAGAUGGGAAAUUUUGCAAAGCAUUGUGUAAUCCUCGAUGUGUUUAUGGAAUUUGUAUCAAACAUCAAUUUAAUGACUCGCUCGAUUAUUGUAAAUGCCAACUGGGUUGGACAGGAAGCGUCUGCUCAUGGGACUGUGGUUGUCAUAAUCUUAGUACAUGUCUCACUGGUGUUGGAGUGUGCGACAAUUGUCAAGGUUUAUCACGUGGUAAGAAUUGUGAAUUGUGUGUUCCUGGAGCGUAUAAGAAAGCGUCUGGUUCUGCAGGAUGCACGAAAUGUCAAUGUCAUGGACAUGGUGAUGAACAACGAGGGAUAUGUAACAAUAAAACGGGAUCAUGUUACUGUGUGAACAACACGAGGGGUCCUCAAUGUGAUGAAUGUUUGCCAGGUUUUUUUGGUGAUCCAAAAAGCGGCGAAGGUUGUUAUUAUCCCUGCAAAGGACAUUCGAUUUUAUCGAAUUUGACACAAGGAACGUUGAGCAGUUUAACAGAACCGGGCCAAAAAUAUGAUCCUAAGAAUAUGAACUGUGUAUGGAUUAUAACAACUCUCAGUCAUUCAUCAAAUCAAGUUGUGUAUUCUAAUAAUACUGCACCUGGAACUGUCACAUUUCAGAUGAAAGACAUCGUGUUAGAUUGUCAAAUUGAUCAUAUUUUUAUCUAUGAUGGUAUGCCAAAUUUUAGACUUGGUCCUAUCCAUACAUCUUCAAAUCUCGUUGGAUCUUUAUGCGGCACGAACCCGUCGGCAAUUCCAGCUCUUGAGUCUCGUUCUGGCACUCUGGUUGUUGUUUUCAAAGGAAGUGUCGCUCAGAAUUCAUUUAGAAGUGGUUUCAAUGCUAGCUUUGUGGUUAAUCAAUGUCCAAACUCGUGUACAGGUAACCGUUAUUGCCAUAGUAACGGAACACACGAGAGCUGUAUUUGUAAGCCGGGGUGGACUGGAGCUGCUUGUGAUAGCGUUAAAUGUCCAAUGAACUGUGGUGAGAGUCUGGGUCAAGGUCUUUGUGAUCAGAUUUCGAAUCAAUGUGUUUGCAAAGAUGGCUUUUCUGGACCAUCUUGUAACUUACAGCAAUCUGACGAUUUUCUUUGGAAACGUAUUUCCAAUGCGACUGGUUCAAGUCCUGCUGCAUUGAAGCGCAUGGGACAUACCAUGGUUGCUGAUCAUCAAACUGAUACUUUGGUUAUCUAUGGCGGCUAUUCGUUGUAUUUAGGAGUUCUUGGUGAUAUUUGGAAAUACAACACUAACACGAGGAAAUAUGUCCAUGAUCAUGGUUGGAGCACAGCGCCGAGCCCACGGUAUUUUCAUGCAGCGGUCGUUUACAAGCGGGCGAUGUAUGUCAGCGGCGGAAUAACGGAAAAGGAAUAUUCAUCUGAAGUGUGGAAAUAUCAUCUGGACACAAAACGUUGGGAACAGACACAGGCUCUUCCUCGAGAACUUGCUGGUCAUACAAUGAAUAUCAUAAACGAUACUUUGUAUUUGAUUGGGGGAUAUUCGUACGAGAAACAAUGUUCUUCAUUUGUCUAUACAUUAUCGUUAAACAACUUGGGUGCAAUGUGGUCAGAUAUGAAUCCUAAAGGAGAAACAUUCCAAGGCUGUUUUGGACACACUUCAGUUUAUGAUCAUCUUACGAAAUCUUUGGUUGUAUUCGGAAAGCAAGCGACGAAAAUGAAGCCAACACUUGCAUUUUUAAAACUCGUAUCAAACGAAUGGGUUGUCAAAACUGAUGUGCCACAGUCACCCUUGAGGUAUUUUCACGUAUCCCUGGUUGUUGCUGACGUCAUGGUUGUAACAAGCGGUUAUACUGGUGAUAAUAUUCAAGAUUUUGCUAACCAACCAUUAGUUUAUGACUUGGUAUGUGGUAGCUGGCACAAGCCUGAUAGAGAAGGCGCGGUACCCUUGGUCUUUGCCCACAGUAGAAUCGCUACCAUAAAUGACGUUUCAUACAUCUUCGGAGGUUACAAUGGUCUGUCAUCUGACAAGUUGUUUCAUCAAAACACGUCUUCAAACUGGUGUGCCAUGUUUUCUACUAAAACAUCGUGCAGUAAAGUCAGAAAUUGUGUCUGGUGUCAAGAUACUGUCAGCAACCUCACUGCAUGUUAUAUAUCCAACACACAUUCUCAUCUGAAUUGUAGCAAUACAAAUAAUAGUUGUAAAAAUGGUGCACAUAGGAUGGCAAGGGCUGCUGCUCUUACGUCAUCAACUGAUCUUUUUUGGCAAAAGCGGUCCUGGAAUGUGUUCCAGUUGUAUUACAAAACCUCGACAUGUUCAUGGUCGGUUGAUUCAAGCCUUUGUUUUUCACAAUCUUUUCAACCAAUCACCUGUGCCUUCGGACUAUGUGGUCGUGUGUUACGUGAUUAUCACGUGUGUCCACCGUCAUGCAACAGAAGCAAAUAUUGCUAUGAUUGUUUGGAACAGUAUAAUUGUGGUUGGUGCACAGGUCAAGCUCGGAAUGGUCACGGAGUGUGUACUGAAGGAACAAUACAAGGUCCCUACAAUGGAACUUGCGUUAGCGGGAAUGAUGUAUUAGCAACGUGGGUAUCGUCUGUGUGUUUACCUGAAAACGAAUGCACAAAUGGCCAUCAUCAGUGUAAUGGAAAUGAGACAUGCGUAGAUCUGGAUUUCUUGUAUAAAUGUGAAUGUUUGCCUAAAUAUGAGAGAAUAAAUGGUACAUGCACACCAGUGUGUAGUCAAGGAUGUGUUAAUGGUACAUGUAUUGAUCCAGAUGAUUGUCUUUGUAAUUUUGGUUGGGUUGGCAGAAAUUGUUCUACUGAAUGUCAGUGUAAUAAGAAAGGUCAAUGUGACGAUAUGAAUAAUCUUGAUGAAUGUAAAAACUGUCGAAAUAACACGACGGGCCGGUCAUGUGAUCGUUGUUUACCAGGCUUUGUUGGUCAAGAUGGGGAAUGUACCAGUUGUAAUAAAAUAUGCAAUUAUAAUGCUGAAAAUUGUUCCACGACUGACACAGGAAAUAAAAGUGAAAGCAUUUACGGUCCAAAAGAUGAUUCGAAUCUAAAAUGUGAGUGUACUGGGAUGAGUAAAGGAAAGAAAUGCGAAGCCUGCAAAACUGGAUAUUAUAAAUCUGGUUUUAAAUGUACCAAGUGUAAAUGUCGUGGUCAUGCUGCGACGUGUGAUAACAGAGGAUUGCACUGUAAUUGUAAAAAUAACACGAGAACUCCAAUAGAAAGUGAUGCUAGAAGACAGUGCUCACAAUGUGUAUCGCCAUAUCUUGGGAGCCCUGAUGUCGAAGGACAACAGUGUUAUCGUGAUUUGAAAAUUCUCGUUUAUCGUUGGUUUACCAGAGAAGAUUCGCAAUACUCAAAUCUGUUGCCUUGGCAAACAAGUUUCUACUAUAUUCUACCCAGUUAUACUAAUAUCGACAUCCGUUUGUUUAUUGACAUAUCUUACGGAUCACUGGAUGUUUAUAUUUCACAUGGGGACAACGCUUUCAAAGUGGAUGCGAACCAAAAUGUUUCCGUGUCGUUAUCGAAAGUAACCAGUUCCGAGUCGUAUUGCGAUGGUCUCAAUACUUACGCGACGUUUUCUAGAGACAGACAAGUUGUUGUUUUUAAACAAGUUCAACACAGAUUGGUUGUCACUUUUCCUUCUGAACACCACGGUCUGGACAAAGUGAAAUUCUACAUCAUCAUAAAAGCAGGUUCUGAUGGAGCUGAUGGGAUCAUAUAUUUUAAACAAGACACAUCAAAAAUCAAUUUAAUCGUGUUCUUUAUCGUUUUCGCUUGUUGUUUUGUAUUCCUGUUAUCGGGUGCUUCCAUUAUAUGGAGUAUAAGACACCAUAUUCAUUCACGGCAGUUGGUUCAUAACCGUAAAGUUGAAAAUGAAAGGUUACAUAACAGACCAUUCGCUAAAUUCGCGUUCCUGUUUGAGUAUCAAUCUCCUUCACCCAGCGUAAUGCGACACAGGAAGACUACAGCAUCUACCAGAAAAGCUAUUCGUCCUCUCAGUGUCCAGUGUACCAGUGAUUAUCAUGCGGCUGUCACAACAGUUAUAUUUCAGAUGCCAAAGACAGAUAAGACAAAGAUGACGGUUGCCCUCGGAACUACACUGGCGCUGGUCACUCCACAACAAAUGGACAAACUUGCACAGCCAAAAUCUAAAGAAACUCUUGAAGAUGGAACAACAAGCUUAUAGAUUUGAAUUACAAAACCAUGUCUUCCUCGCAACUGAGAAAUGGAGAUCGUGUUGGAAAUUGUGGAUACACCACUUCGCGUUGAUAUUUAUUAUUAUUAUUAUUUAAAUAUUCGAGAGAGCGGGAAAGUCCUUGGCUUGGCACUUUGACAUCUGCUUUUUAGCAAGUCGUUUGCACACGACAAAAAAAUGCAAUAUGGAUUGAUUCUUAAAGUGUACAAGUCUAUUUGAUAUUGGAAUCUGGAAAAGCAAAAAAGAAUGAACCAACUUACAUCAGCUGCAGCCAAGAAAAGAUUUUUUAUUUCACCAAAGAGAAAACAACCUGGGAAUGUGUUUUGCAUUUUGACUUCACAAUGUUUUUGACUUCAUAUCACUUUUUCUGAGUUAUGUUGUGCAUAAAAAUACACUUGUUUCUGUUCAGACUUCGCAGUGAAGGCUGUCCAUCCAGCUCUUUUAAAUAAUCUUUGAAACUCUAAGGCUUAGUACGCUUUCAUAAAACCACGUUCGACAGAUGAUUGAACUAAAAAAUAAAAUUGUUAAAGUUGAGAAAUGAGGUUGUUUGUCGAUGCCAUGAGAUAUAUUUUGCGGUCAGUGGACUGAUUUCUGAUUUCGAUUAUUUCACAACAUCACUCAAUCACUCGCAAGUCAAGCAUUGAGUUUGCCAGAUUAUAUAUUGUAUAUUAUUAUUUCUAUUUGUACAUAACUCUUAUGAAAUCUUAAUAUAUUUCAACUUGUAAUACAUAAAAAUCUUUUAAACAGAGUUUUUACGAAGAUG